AUGGGAUCUUUUGCUAAGCAUUUCUACGCGGCUGUUCUUGUUUUGAGUGUUUUUAGUGUUUUGACUAGCGGAGAUGAUGGUGAUGAGAAUGGUUAUGGUGGUGGUCGUCCAAGUGGUGUUUAUAAGAAUGAUGAUUAUUGCUCGUAUCGAAGUUGGCGAAGUUGUGGAAGUUUUUAUGGUAGAGGUUUCGGUGGUGGUGGAGGAGGAGGAGGUGGCGGCGGCGGUGGGAAUGGUGGGGGUAAGGGUUCUGGUCAUGGAGAAGGCUAUGGGGCUGGAGGUGGUGUAGUUGGUGCAGGUGGGGGUGGUGCUGGUGGAGGAGGUGGAGGUGGAGAAGGUGGUGGAGGAGGGUCUGGUCAUGGUAGUGGAUAUGGUGCUGGUGGGGAUGUUGGAGGUGGGGCUGCUGGGGGAGGUGGAGGUGGCGGUGGUGGAGAGGGAGGUGGAGGUGGCUCUGCUGGUAGUGGAGAAGGUCAUGGUAGUGGUUUUGGUGGUGGGGUUGGUGUGGGUGGUGAAGGAGGGGCUGGAGGAGGAGGAGGAGGAGGAGGAGGUGGGGGUGGAGGUGGUAGAGGUUCAAAUGGAGGGUAUGGUCAUGGAAGUGGUUUUGGUGCUGGCUUUGGUGGCAAUGUAGGAUUUGGCGGAGGUGGAGCAGGAAGUGGUGGAGGAGGAGGAGGAGGAGGAGGAUAUGGACAUGGUGAAGGUAGUGGUUACGAAGGAGGUGGAGGGAAGAAUGGAAUGAAUAUGGGAUUCGGAAUGGGAAUGGGAUUUGGAUUCGGGAUUGGAAAUAGUGGUGGGGAUGAUGAAAACAAAGACAACCACAACGGCAAUCCCUAA